GAAAGAGAAGCUAACAACCAAGAAAGUAAGAAACAAACAGCCAAUUCGAGAUUCAUCCCGUCCCCCAUCACCAACCCCGACUCAACAAAAUUCCCCCUCUUACCUUUGCUCCCCACCCCCAUCCCACACCACCCUCUUCCAUCCUCACUCUCACUCCGCAAUUCAGGCAAGGGAAGGAAAUUGCCGGAGAAAGCACGCACCACCAAUCUCUCUCAAAAGAGGAGAGGAGAGGCAAUCCAAUCCCAUUCCCUUCCCUUCCCUUCCCUUCCCAGCAGGAGCACGACAAGCUGGACAAUGGGGGCUAGGAGCAGAGGAGGCACAUGCAGCUCGCUCCUCCUUUCGCUCCACCUUCUCUGCUGCCUCCAUUCAUGUUUGCGCUGCUCGGUGUCGGCGGCAGGCUCCGGCGACCCGUACGUCGGCGUCACGAUCGGCACGGCGGUGACCAACCUGCUGUCCCCGUCGGACCUCGCCGCGUUCCUCCGCGCGCAGCGCAUCACCCACGUGCGCCUCUACGACGCCGACCCACGCCUGCUCUCCGCGCUCGCGUCCUCCGGCGCCAGCGCCAUCGUCGGAGUCCCCAACGACGAGCUCCUCGCGCUCGGCUCCUCCCCGGCCACCGCCUCCGCCUGGGUCGCCCGCCGGGUGCUCCCCUACGCCCCGGGCCUCAUCUCCGCCAUCGCCGUCGGCGACGAGGUCCCCACCGCCCUGCCCUCCGCGCUCCCCGUCCUCCUCCCCGCCAUCCAGUCCCUCGCCGCCGCGCUCGCUGCCGCCAACCUCUCGUCCAUCCCCGUCUCCACCCCGCUCCCUUUCUCCAUCGUCCUCGAGCCCUUCCCCCCGUCCCAGGCCUACUUCAACCAGUCCCUCGCCAAAUCCUUCCUCCUCCCGCUCCUCUCCCACCUCGCCAACACCUCCGCGCCGCUCAUGCUCAACCUCUACCCCUACUACUCGCUGAUGCAGAGCAGCGGGGUCGUCCCGGUCGACAACGCCAUGUUCAAGCCCCUCCCGCCCUCGCUGGAGAUGGUCGACCCCAACACGCUGCUCCACUACACCAACGUCUUCGACGCCAUGCUCGACGCUGUGUACGUCGCCCUCAAGAACCUCAACGUCAGCGCCGGCAUCCCCGUGCUGGUCACCGAGACCGGGUGGCCGUCCUACGGGGACCGCAAGGAAGAACCCUACGCCAGCAAGGACAACGCCAACACCUACAACUCCAACCUCAUCAAGCACGUCACCGACAAGCCCGGGACGCCUAUGCGGCCCGGCGCACAGGCCAGCGUCUACAUCUACGAGCUCUUCAACGAGGACCUCCGGCCGGGGCCGGCGUCGGAGGCCAACUGGGGGCUCUUCCACGGCAACGGCACGCCGGUGUACCUGCUCCACGUGACCGGGAAGGACGGUUUCCUGGGGAACGAUACGACGGACCGGACGUUCUGCAUCGCGUCCGACGACGCCGACGAGAAGGCGGUGCAGGCUGCCAUGGACUGGGCAUGCGGCCCCGGCCGGUCUGAUUGCACGGCGAUACAGGCCGGGGAGGGGUGCUACCAGCCCAACGACGUGCGGAGUCACGCCUCGUUCGCCUUCAACACCUACUACCAGUCGCAGGGCAAGGCCGGCGGCUCCUGCUACUUCCAGGGCGCCGGCAUGGUCACCACCACCGAUCCCAGCCAUGAUAGCUGCAUCUUUGUUGGAAGUAAAUUGUAUAGCAACGUCACCAAAUCUGACGGUGCAAACACAACCACGACGCAAACAAGUGACGCUGCAGGAUCUGCUGUAUGGAAACUGAGAACAGGGAGGGAAAAAGGGUUCUUCUCCGUCCUCCGUUUGCUGCUGAGCUUGAUGGUGGUGGUUAUCAUGACGAAUUCAAACUUUUGGACAUAACAGGGACGUGUUAAUUGAAGAGAAUUAGAAUUUUUGGAAUGACAUAUUAGAGGUGUGGGCAGUGGUUGUAUGUUUAGUGAUUCUUUAUUGUUAGAUAAGCCUCAAUAAAUUAUUCUUAUUUCUUUCUUCGAGAUGCUUCAUAUGCUAAAAUUUCGAACAUCUCAAGACAUCCAUGAUACAAAGUGACCUGACUUGUCGCAAAUGUAUAUCACAAUCUUAUUUUUGCGAUGAAUGUAGUACAUCAUGUGUUAA